UGGUACGAAUUGCCUUGUUAGUUCAAGGAAAACCAGAGGGUGGGUCUAGAUGACCCUGGAUCCUCGGCAUCGAGAUAUUGACGAACGGUUCUAUCCUAGAGUCCGCAAAUCUCAGAAGAAGGCAACUCGUGGCCCUCGCGAGAUUCCGUCCGAGGCGCGUUCGCUCACUAUCCAUGAUAAUCCUAGUACCAUGACUCGCGCGGCCUCCCAACAGCCCUCGACACCUCUCGAAAACCGCUCGAGUUAUGAGCGCGAUGAUCUCGAAGAAGAGAGAAACGGGUUUGAAAUCGCUGCUGCUGCACUGGGACAACCGGGAUCAAAUGGCGGAGUUCGUUUCUAUACGGACAGGUUUCACAUCUACAUUGGAUGCGUGCUCGUCGGAAACAACACUUCCACGUCACUUGCUUUUACCGUCGAGGGCGCGGGAAUACCUAGCAGAAGAAGAUCGAGAAUAUCUGCGGAUGAAGGGCGUUUUCACUUUACCUGGGAAUGAUGCCUGCUCGGAACUUCUUCGAUGCUACAUCUCCCACGUCCACCCGGUCAUGCCGAUUAUUGAAAUUGACCAAGUCUUAGAUUACUAUCACUCUGGACGUCUACGAGAAUAUAAUAUCCUUCUCUUAUGGAGUGUGUUUUUUGCUGCAGUCAACUUCGUUCCACAGUCCAUCUAUGAGAAAGAAGGAUACAAAUCGCGCAAGGAGAUGAAAAGCGCUCUGUAUUCUCGAGCUAAGUGCAUGUACAACAAUGGUGGGGAGCGAGAGAAAAUUAUCCUCCUGCAAUCCUCGCUUCUCUUGGGAUUCUGGCAUUCCGAGCUCGACGAGCACAUGCAGCCCUGGUACUGGACCGGCAUCGCAAUUACACUAUGCCAAGUCCUUGGAUUACAUCGGAACCCUGACGGUUCAAGGUAUAAUUCGUCCGUCACAGAUCGACAGCGAAUGUUAUGGCGACGUCUAUGGUGGAGUUGCUUUUUCCGAGACCGAUGGCUUGGUCUCACUUUUGGAAGACCAUUUCGAAUCAACAUACAGGAUUGCGACACCCCCUGGCCGCUGGCUUCUGAUUUGAUGUAUGACGUUGAGGCUACCGCCGAAUUCCUCUAUGCAGCUUUUGUGCCCAGUGAAAUGCCGCGGCUGGCCCGGUACUGGGUGACACUGGUCGAGCUAAGCAAGCUACUAGGUGACUGUAUUAUCAUGAACUACCAAAUCCAGAGGCCCAAACCAUCCGUCGACGACGUUGAGGCUCUGGAGCAAAGGCUGCUUCAGUGCGAACUGCCUGAUCAAUAUGAAAAGGGCUUGACUCGACUGGCAACAUUCUACUGCUGCCACGUUCAUUUGCACUACCAGGCACUAUUGAUGACCUUCUAUCGGCCCUUCUCGGCAGAGAUACCCCACAUUGUCCCAUCCAACGACCAGGAGGACUGGUGUCUCCGAAUGCGACGCAAAACCGACGCAGCGGCUUCGCAGACCAAUGCGAUUCUCGAGACGCUGGCUCAAAUUAAACUGCUCGGCUUUGCGGGGCCCAUGACACCUCCGCUCUUAGUCCCUGCAAUGCAGACGCAUCUAUACUUCUGCCGAUCUGCAGACCCGCUCUCGCGGACCUUCAGACUGAAUAAGAUCGACACGUUGAUGCUCGUCAUGGAGGAGCUUCAAAAAACCUACACGGCAGCUUCUGUCUACCGGGGAAUCUUCAUGAAAGCCAUACAACAAAUUUUUCCCGAUUACCGGCCGAGCACAUUGCUCUCAGCUCAUGCUGCUAGUCCCGGUCUGACGAGUACGGAUCCACCGGGCUCUGCCAAUGCAGAGCCUGUUGCUGGCCAUAUAGGCGAAGCCACUGACCAAGGGAUGGAAACAUCCUUCAAUGAUGAGUUUGUGGAUGCCCUCAUGGACCAGGCUUCACUUUUCAAUCUUUGGGAGUACUGGAAUGGCGUUUAGUCUCUUUCUAAAUGGAUUCAGCGUCAGGUGUUCAUGCUCGGUGGCAGAUACCCUGGGAGUAAUACAAUUGAAUAGUCCGCAAGCCAAUGCCUUCUUUUUGCGACGUCUCGAGUGGGUCCCACCUACUCGUUCCGAGUCGCGAGUUGGCACCGCGUCUUUUUCUCUAUAAGAUCCUCACUUAUAGAUGCCAAACUGCAUGGAGUAUGAAUUUUUACGCAGUAGGAUC